GAGCGUGACGUCGCGGGCCAAAAUGGCGGCGGUGGUCGGAGUCUCCUUGAAGCGCAGUCUUGUCCCGGGAGUCGCUCUGCUUCCUGGGUUCUGGGUACAGGCCUGCCGAGGGGCCCAGACAGCAGCUGCUGCAGCUCCCCGCCUCAAGAAGUUUGCCAUCUACAGAUGGGACCCAGACAAGCCUGGAGAUAAGCCCCGAAUGCAGACUUAUGAAAUCGAUCUGAACAAAUGUGGCCCGAUGGUGUUGGAUGCCUUGAUCAAGAUUAAAAAUGAGAUGGACGCCACGCUGACCUUCCGAAGGUCAUGCCGAGAAGGCAUCUGUGGUUCCUGUGCAAUGAACAUUAAUGGGGGCAACACGCUGGCCUGCACCAGAAGAAUCGACUCCAACCUCAGCAAAGUCUCUAAAAUCUACCCUCUCCCCCACAUGUACGUGGUGAAGGAUCUUGUCCCGGAUCUGAAUAACUUCUAUGCACAGUAUAAAUCCAUUCAGCCUUACUUAAAGAAAAAGGAUGAAUCCCAGAGCGGCAAGGAGCAGUAUCUUCAGUCCAUAGAAGAUCGAGAGAAGCUGGACGGGCUCUACGAGUGCAUCCUCUGUGCCUGCUGCAGCACCAGCUGCCCCAGUUACUGGUGGAAUGGAGACAAAUACUUGGGACCCGCAGUCCUCAUGCAGGCCUAUCGCUGGAUGAUUGACUCCAGGGACGACUUCACAGAGGAGCGGCUGGCCCAGCUACAGGACCCGUUCUCUUUGUACCGAUGUCACACCAUCAUGAACUGUACCAGGACCUGCCCUAAGGGACUGAAUCCAGGAAAAGCAAUAGCUGAAAUCAAGAAGAUGAUGGCGACCUACAAAGAGAAGAAAGUGAGUGCUUAGCCAUCUCCAGCCUUGUCAUAAGUGGUAGCCCCCACAGGGCUGAGCCUAAUUGAUGUCUGAUUUGACCUGUUUUUCCAUGAAUGUUGCAUGUCCAAUGAGAACUUCAAGAGGUAAAUAAAGAACAUACUACUUUAUUAACAAAA